ACAUAAUGAUGACAACAAGUUUUGAACAGUUACCGUUAAUCCUUACCAAACACAGCACAUUCAAAGCCCACACAUUUCCCUAUAUCCUUUUCUUUUCAAAUUCAAAACCCUCUUUCAGAUCAAGCUGAAACCAUCAUUUCUUAAAGAAAGGACUGGCUUUCAAGAAAUCUGACCAAAACCCAGAGUUCUAAAUCCGUCCUUCUUUCUUGAAAAAGCAAUGAGUGCGUUCGAGGAUCCUUUAGUUCAACGCCAGGCUUCAUACAAUUCUCUGUAUGUUAAUCCUCUCAGUGAUCUCAAACACAACCGCUGCUGCAGUGAAGGGAACCAUGCAUCAUUUUCAGACAACAAGGAAAACAUUAUCUUUGGUGUUGAUAAAGAAAAUGCUGAUCCUUCAACACAAAAGGGGUCUUCUUCUCCGGUUGCUAAAAGGACUACCCAUUUGAAGUCUUUGUCCACAAUUAGCACUUUUGAUACUAGCAAACAGGUUCCAAGGUACAAAUCUUUGUCCACAGGGAAGGUCCUGAAAGAGUCGUCCCUUCAGUUCUGUAUGCAAAUGAAUGAGCCUGACAAGGCUUUUGGGUGCAAGUUAUGGGAUCCAAUUGAUUCAGAGCAUUCUGCUUCUUUAAACAUUUGGGAUUAUUCGGAUUCCGAGGCCGCCCCAGCUUCUUCUUGGUCCACAUUGCCUAAUAGGGCUUUGUUGUGCAGGCCGUUGCCACUGGACAUAGGUAGAUGUGCUUGUGUUAUUGUGAAAGAACCCUCUCCAGAUGGUUUCCAUGGCGGCACUUUGUAUUCACUUUAUACCAGUGAAGGUAAGGGACGACAAGAUCGGAAACUAGCGGUAGCAUAUCAGAAACGACGCAACGGGAAAUCAGUUUUUUCCAUAGCUCAGACUACCAAAGGAAUACUGUCUAAUUCUGAUAAUAGUUGUGUUGGACUCAUGACAGCUAACCUCUUCGGAACGAAAUACCACAUAUGGAAUCAGGGUGGCCGGACCAAGCCGUCGAACAAACAGUCUAAUCCUCUCUUGGGUGUUGUAAGAUUCGUGCCAACCAUAGCCACAUGGACUGGCAGUUACCGGAGAAUGAAGGCCUAUAUACCUAAGCAUCAGUCGAUGCAGCUAAAGAAUGUGUCUCAGAUGCAACACAUUAAUGGACUAACCAAGGGCUGGGAAGGGCAAAUGGACAAAAUCCACAAGUUAUUCACACGGAUUCCUCGUUACAACAAUAUGCUGAACCAAUACGAGUUAAACUUCAGAGAAAGGGGAAGAGCUGCUGGACUCAGAAUCCAAAGCUCAGUAAAGAAUUUUCAGCUGACAUUGGAGGAGAAUGGAAGACAAACAAUUCUACAGCUUGGAAGGGUGGAUAGGUACAAGUAUGAAAUGGAUUUCAGGUAUCCAUUAACAGGCUACCAAGCAUUUUGUAUAUGCUUGGCUUCAAUAGAUUCAAAGCUUUGUUGCGCCAUGUAAGUGAAAAAACCCCAGCAUUUUGUCCGUAGCUCAACCUCUGAACCCAAGUUUCUUUUUCUAUUCCCAAGCUUCA